AUGGGCCCAGUCGGCAAUACACAAAGUAGAGAUAUUUAUGAAGUACAACCAAGACGCAACAAAUCCCUAAAAUUACUCGCACUGCACAUAUUGAAACACCUCCCAGAGGAUAUUCUUCGUGAAGAGUUGGAUAUUUUGUCGUUUAAAUCUAUUAAAGCUAUCCCAGAUUAUGAGCCAUGUAUGGAAUGUGAUAUCCCCAUUUUGACAGAAGACCCGCCUAGAUCGCUCGUUUUAAAUGUUUGUGCUGAUGACCUUGGUAUCAUUUUUAAUCCGCCAGUACCUGAUCUCGUUAGCAAAGCUAACCAAUCGAGUGAAAUUUCACCUUCAAUGGGAACAUUUGCCCUAUCUUUACCACCUAUACAGAUGUUAGGGAUCGAGAGCUUUCUUCGAAUCGCCCCUCAACCUCAAGGUUCUUCGAAACCGCUCGUAUAUUUAACCUGCAAGCAUAUUAUCUAUUACAACUAUAUCGAUAAUCCACGAAAGCUAUGCCCUAUAUGUCUAUCAACUAAUAAUACAGAAACUGAUGAUAUGGAAACUGACGACGAUGAAACA